GCCGGAAAGUUCUUCGCCCUAAUCCCGCGCAGAUACAAUCCUUGAAACCGGCCAUUCCGAAUUACCACCCUCCCUCUCCCUCCUCACAUCUACCUCUCGCAAAUCAUGGUUCACAAAGUCCUCUUCUGGGGUGGUUUCGGUAUGUUAUCCCACGCAGAACAAUCUUGAGAGCCCCAAUUGGCACACAAACUACCUCUAGCCAUCGUGUCUCUAUCCCGGCUCUCUCGAUCCUCCAAUUGACUCGAUCCCCAAAUGCAGGCAUCGCCGUCCGCCUCUGGCAACUCGGCAUCGAAAUGCGGCCCAUCCUCGCCCGCGAAUCCCUCUGGGUCUACCCGCUCUUCGCCGGCGUCGGCGGCAGCUUCGGCUACUGGCUGCAGGGCGUCGAGGAGCGCCAGCUCCGCAUACUCGCACAGCGUCGCGAGCAGAUCCUCGAGAAGCGCCGGCGGAGGGAUGAUCGCGAGAACGGCACGUUGAACCGGGUCGAGGAGAGUGUUUUGGCCGCGGCUGCUUGAGCAUUUGGCUCCGGGGGGAAUUCCUGCAAGAAAGAAAUCGAGAAAAAAGCAAAGAAAGAUGAUGGACGGCUUUCCUGUGUGGGUUGGGGAGGGUUUAUGUGAGGGGUUGUGUUGUGUGUGUGUGUGUGUGUGUGUGUGUGUUGUGUAUAUCUGGAUUGGGUUCUUUAUGCGCGUGUGUGGUGUCUUCUCUUUUAUCGUGCUAUAAAUUUUACGCCUUUUAUAUUCAUGUGUGCUGUUUACAGCCUGGCGGACGGGAUUGAGGUUGAGUGGUGUAGGGGUUCUCUGGUUGCGGCGGGGGAUUAGGGUCAUGGUCAUGGGUUGAUGGUGUAGGUGACGUGUAGUAUGGGGAGUUUUAAAUAGCAAGCGUUCGCAUGGGAGGCAGGAAGUGGUCGUAUCGUUUGAUGUGAGGGGUGCACGGUGGGGAAUGUGUGGCCUAUUCUAUAUCUAUGGUCAUCUGCGCUGUAGAGUAGAUUCAUUACCC